AUGCAAACAGUUCGGCUAGCAGAUACGUCAGGGAAAAUUAAAGACGACUAUCCGACCGAGAUAACCGAUUACGUAGAUGCUAAACCCCUGUCAAUGCUUAAAUCUUUUCUUGUCAUCUUUCUAUGUACCUUACUCAAGUUUGAUUUAGAAGACUUUAAAUCACGUAUCCAUUCGCUAAACAUCCCAUACGAAAACUAUCAACGCAGGAGAGCACCAAGAAUAGUUCUUGUCCUUGGCAUCAUGAUAUUCGGAGGAAUCAUCGAUUGUAUCGUUUUGACACAGAUAAACGGCGGAUGGGAACGAUACGCUGUCGUGGUAAUAUCGACAAUAAUAAUACUUUUAUCAAUAAUCUGGCUUAUAAAUUAUAUAUUGCGGGCUAAAGAUGAGGUGGCGAACGAACGAGAGAGACUCAUCAACGGAUUCAAUAGUGAAGACAACAGUCGGGAUAUCACUUGGCUGUUUGUCAAAUCUUCACGGACAAUGUGCAUUCGGCAACCUGAUCAUCUAAUAAUGGAGCUCGGCCGUCCCCCAGCUUCACGAUCUCUUCCAUUCGUUCACAAUAUAUUAAUAGAAAAGGGUGAAAGUGAACCAUAUUCUCCACCAGCCGUUCACGAGAAACCUGGUGAAACUCGAGACGUUGUUGGAAUAGUCGUUCCUCCUUGCGAACAAUUUCUUAAACAACUAGAAGAGACGACACCUUGCACAAUAGUGUCUAUUGAAGACUUUGAAGAAUCUGUUGUAAGAAGAAACGCUCAGAGACACUGGCGCCGAUACAUAAACCAAACAGCAGUCCCUGCUAUCAAAAAGGGAUUGCGAAGAUAA